UGGACCUUGCUUGAAGCUGUGGCUGUGGCGGGGCGGGGGGCAGCGGACACCUUGCCCGGUUCCUUAGGGACGGAUUGCUGCCAGGCAUGUUGGCUUGGGAUGUGUCUGUGCUGCUCGCCCUCCCACGACUGUAGCAGGCCUGGCGACGUGCACCUGUUCUGUCCACACCAGCAGGGGGCUUGGUCAAACAGGCGAGCACACAUCCUGGGAGACAGAAGAAGAACGAAGGACAACGCUGCCCGCAAAGAAGGCCAAUCCUUCCCGUGCCGACACCGCUGCGCCUUGGAGAACUUGCACGCCGAGAUCAUAUCCACUCCCACACGACUCUCGCUCCGUCCUGCAAGCCAGCAGACGGUCCGCCGCAUGAAGAGUGAGGACCUCCGCAGCCAGAGGACUCAGAAGGAAGAAAUCUCAGACUCGGACGAAAGUCUAAGCCUUCCUCUCCAGCGACCGACUGCGAUCUCGUCAUCGUUCGGCAAUUCGCAACCUCACAGUAUGCACCAAAACGUUCUCCGGGUGCGCGAUGAUGUAAUUCAGCAGACUCGUCUUACAGAGUCGUCAGCAGCAUCCGAUGCCUCUGGGGAAGCAUCAGAUGAGAACCCAGCAUCCCGCGGCAGACGUUCGCAUUCCAGUAGCAUCUCAACUGACAAGCUGGACGACCCCUUCACCGAGAUCAGUACAUUGGGCGCUGGCGCCGCCGCCCUAUGGCAUCGCGCGACACAUACGUCGAGAUGACACCACGUGUCCCUGAGCGCCGCUCUCGCACGCCCAUGCCGACCUUGGUCGAAAGCAACGGCGACGCGAGCAUCAUUCCCGAGACUGAGGCAUCUUCAGGCAGCCGCCCCUCGGAUCCUGAGAGCCCUCGCCGCCUG